GAUGAACUUUCUACUGUUACCAUGCAACGGACAGGACGCCAGGCAGUGUGAAUUUACAGCCAGCACCAUGUCUGCCUAGCUAGCAAAGAGUCUCUUGACUUCAGCGCUUAAAUACAACGUUUACUUGAGGCCACUCAUUAAACAACCUAGCUAUAAAUAUUAGCAUUACCCUUCUGUUACUCCGACAUGCAAGCAAAAUGGCGCCUCCAUCAUAUUUUGGGAUGAUAUGUUGCAUAUCUCACUGAUCAUUGUAUAAGCUAGGUAGCGUUAGCUAAUGUUGACUAUUUGUUAGUUAGCGGUAGUAAGUCAGCUUACAUACCAAGGCUUCAUGGCUGAUGGCUGGAGUACAGACAACGGAGAGGCGGUGUACCGUUCUCGAGAUGCAACCAAAAAUCUUAAAAUAAGGAUCAAGAUACAACGUGUGACGUCCACAGCAGCCCUGUCCCAACAUCUGCAACAUCAGGUGUUGACGCAGCAAGAGAGGGGGGUUAUUGAGCUUGACACCUUCAACUCCCAGUUAAGAUCAGGUCCUGAUGACGAAGAGGAGCUGGUUGUUGGCUGGCAGGAAAAACUCUUUAGUCAGUAUGAAGAGGAUCUGUACCAGUCAGAAACGAGCUGUCAGACUCCACUGGAGAAGCAGUAUCACACCGAAAUCCUGGCUUUACAGCGAGGGAAAGGAAGGCGCAAUCGCCGCAUUUUCACGUACACAGACUUUGACCGCUACACAAACUGGGAAGAGGCCUCUCAGAAUCCAAUCAUACAGGCCAAGUUUGCCCCUACAUUUCUGGCUGAACGGAUGACGAACAUCAGACACCGCAAGCAGGAGAGGCGCACUGUGGAUGCCAGUGUGGCUAAAGCUCGGGUAAUAACCUGGGAGCCCUCGGAGGAAUUUGUGAAGAGUAGCCAUGUUAUCAACAGCACCGUACAGAUCAUGCACAUCAUGGGAGACCUGGGUCCCCCUGGGAGGCUGGGUAUGAAAGAAAACGAGCAAGUGCUGUGUACAAUCAGGGCCGACAGCAAUGGAGUUAUCACCAUCAAACCAGACUUCAACAACAGCAAAGGGCCUUACAGGGUGGAGACGGAAGGGGAGAGGAAGGAGAUCUGGCGUCUGACGCUAGUGAACGCCUCCGCUGGCAUCAGUGAGGAGGAGAAGGAGCGCGAGCACCGCAUGUACAGAGACCUUUAUGUCCGCCACAGAGAUUACCUCAACAGCCUUGUUGGACCCGAUUUUGAAAUGCCCCCUAUUGGAUCACUUCGGCUGCUCAUAAAUGGAGAGAUUGUUUCAGCCAAAGGAUAUGAAUACGACAACCUCUACAUCCACUUUUUUCUGGACCUGCCAAACAACUGGUUUGGUUUGCCAUUUGAAGCUCUCUCAGGAGUCACCCAGACAUGUCAGACACGCACCCUGGGAAAGGACAACGUGGCUUUCUUCUCCUACCCCUUCAGCUUUGAGACGUUCUUCCGGAAAGAGAACGAGAACGAGGAUUCCCAGCCCAAGUGGCCUGUUCUGUACUUCAAGGUUCUGUCUCUGGACUACUGGCAGCGGUACAGAACUGAGGGAUAUGGGUACCUGGUCAUUCCCUCAGCCCCAGGCUACCACAGUAUGACGUGUCAGACAUGGAGACCUCUACAGAAUGGCACAGUAGCAGAAUUGAGGCGCUUCUUUAUUGGAGGGUCCCCUGAACUGGAGGAUAACAGUUAUGUGCGAGUACCAAGCACUUUCAAGGGAGAGCGACUGAGUCGGUUUGGCUUCCGCACUGAGACUACUGGGAGUGUAACAUUCUCACUGAACUGCAUCCAGCAGGCCAGGGCUUUUAUGGAUGGCAACACUCUGAGGAGACGGAGGCAGACGAUGGUCGAUCACCUGGGGGGCUUCAGUCAGCACAAAUCUGUCCAGCAGAUAAUGGAUUGUGCAGUGCAGGCGAUAGGGACACUGCAGACGAUUUUAAAGGGAACCCCGACUUGCAGUGCAACCUGUUUGAAUCCGCACGUAGGCGGAUGCAUGCAGCCAGAGAAGGCGCCGGCUUUCCCGAGCACGCCGGUAUGGCCAUCACUACAGAGAGCUCAGAGUCCACUGCCUGAGCACCUCAGCAGAUGCAGCAGUAGCAGCAGCAGCUGGAAUACCAGUAGCAGUGUGUAGGUGCUGGCAGCAUUCAGCUGAGCAUCUGCUCUCACCCCUGCACUGGCUGCACUGUGUCAGUGCACUGAGCCCGUGAUGAAAACUCUUUAUCCUGAAUGGACUUUGUGUGUAGACGUUUUGAAUAUCUGUUUGUAUUUUUAUAUUACGUGUCAUUCGUUAUAAAAAAAAAAAAAAGCCC